GCGGAUAACCUCAAAGAAAUUGAAAUAAUAGUUUAGUUCUAAAGUUACUCAUUAUCACAUAAAAAUAUUUACGUUUGUAGUAUGAAAGGAAGCGCAUUGCGUCAGUAGUUAAAGUACAUUCAUUGUUGUAAUAACGAAUCAAGUAUGAACUGUGUGAGAUUAUUGAACGCGAGCCAUAGAAAUAUAUUCAAACUUUCUUCAAUCAAAUAUGCUACCCAUCCACUGAAGUUUAUGGAAGCACAGAAAAAAUGGCAAGAGAAAGAUGGUGUAUCGAAGCGGUGGCAGUUGAUAUACAAAGCGCCCAUGGAUACACAACUAAAUUAUACUACGACAUACCUCACCCUAUCGACCGUCGCUGCGGCUGCGGGCGGAGUUUACUAUGCUGCAGUGUUCGACAAAAGCACAUUGAAUGAACCAGUAGUGAUAGGAACCGAUGUUGUUAUAGCCAAUAGUCCGACCGAAUGCCUUAUUUACCUCGGAGCAUUUGUUGCCUUUCAUGUAAUGCUCAAAGUUUUACUCAACAAAUAUGUUCUGCGACUCUACCAGGACGGAGACAACUACAUAGCCGUGUUCAGAGGGCACAUGUUUAAUACCAUCUUCAAACACAAGUUCCAUCUAAAGGAAUUUAAAAAGCUGAACCCUACUAUUUUUGUGUCCUGGGGUGAUGCUAGAUUUGACCUAGGAAAUAAGCAUGGAAUAAUCCUUGAGAACUACUUCAAAACUCCGGAGCACUUUAAUUAUUUAUUGUACAAAAAUCAGAGACACAAGCCUGAAGAUGAUGAUGAGUAAUUAAGUCCUAAUCAUAAGUAUAAAAAUCUA